AGUAGGUUAACUGUCAAGUAUAAAACAGCCAUAUAUUUACUACGUUUUGAAGUAAGUGUAUGCUUUUAAAGACGUAAAAGAAUAUGGAGGAAAUAUGUAUUCCCAUAUAGGCACCAUGAGUAUUGAACACUGUCAAUAUAGCUAGUGGAAAAUUGUCUAUAUGAACAGCAACAUUUCUACGUUUCCUGAGUGUGCAUGUAAAACCAUUUAUGAUGUACAUAAGGAAAUGGGAGUGACACCACUACUGUACUUACGUCAAUGCCUCAAGGCUAUUCUAGCUAUUAUAAAAUUUAAUGCAUAAAUGUGCAUAACAAAAGCACGGGAAACUAACCUAGCAUAAUAAUUACAAAAUUAGGUAAUUUUAACUUAGACAUCAUCAACUAAGACCUUUUAAACUUUCAAUGAAAUGGGUGGUGGAUCCACAGAAACAGGGGACAAAACAAAAGAUGAUAAGCCUAAAACUGAUCAUCACUGUGAUGAAGACGAUAGGGAAAUAACCUGUGGAUUUUCUCUGAAAGUGUCAUCUGAAGAAACAGAGCUUAAAUUGAACGAAAACGAAACGAAGAAUGUGGAAAAUAUUUGUUUAAAAACAAAUGAAGAAAGUGAAAAGAGACUGGAAAAACAGUUAGAAGAAAGAAAAGUGGUGACGACACAUGAAACCAGUUCAAUGAGUAGCAUUUCAUCCCCAUUAUCAUCUAAACUCUUAACGAAUUCCCAAAACUCAGUCUUGACAAACGAUGUACAAAACAAGGAUGGUACUGAAAAUAGCAAUUUGGAUGAAAAACCACAGAAUCGGCAAAGAAAAGACCCCUUGGAGGAUGAAAUGAGAAUGAACAGAUGUCAUAAUCCAAUAAACUUAACUUCAGAAGCGAUUAAGGCUUUCGAGAGAAACAGAGAAAAUAUUACCCGUGCUUUUAAAGACCUGGAACGUUUAAAACAUAACACUACCCAGAACAAUGCUAAAAAUCAUCAACAGAAGAAGACGAGCUCUCAAGUGUUCAAAUUUGAAGGAACCACAUGCACCCAAAAGGAAGAUAGGGUAUCUAAAAAGAUUGGCACUUUUUCAAACGCACAUAAUUUAAAAACUAAGUCACUUGUUUUCAAGUUGCCUUCUUCAGAGACGAUAAGAAAACAAUUCCCUCAAAGAGCGAACGAGAAGGCCAAGAUGGCGUGCAAUCGAUGUAACAGUUGGUGUUUGUACUGGAACGUUUGUAGAGAUUGUAUGGUGUACCUUUGUGAUUCCUGUACAGAAAUUUACCCACAUUCACCAGAUCACACCACAAUCAGAGCUAAAGCCUUUUCUGACUUCGGAUGCCUCGAUCACAUACAGAUCUUUAAAUAUUUCUGUCCUGUCUGCAGCCGUUACAGAUGUGGUGACUGUAUUAAACUGGGGAAAUGUCAGGGACAUGAAUUAAAAGAUGCCUUUGUAAACCAAGAUCAAACUGAGACUUCCGACAGAUUCCCAGCAGGAAUGAAAUUAAAUAAAGAAAUACAAACGACAUUCCAGGAUUCUAGUCCAUCUUCGAUAAGAGGAAGAGUCCUGCACGAACACUUCUGUGGGUAUUGUCAGAUGUCAAAGGAACGUUACAACAUUUGUGAAGAUUGUAUGAUAUACCUCUGUGAGACGUGUAUGGGCAACUACCAUCCUAAGGAUCACACGAUCUGUAAACAAGUACCAUUCCCUGUUUUUGGUUGUUCUAAGCACAAACAAAUUUGUCGUUACUUUUGCAAUUUUUGCAAAAAAUUGAGAUGUGAUGACUGCAUCUUGGCGAAUGAACAAUGCUCUGUUCAUGCUGACAAACUUGUCAAAAUACUGGACCAUAUUAAAUACGAAAGGGACAAAUUCGAUGAAGCAGUGCAGCAGUUUUCUUCCAGAUCGUCUCGGUCCAUCAAUGUGCUGUCAGAUCGACUUGAAGAAAUUGAGGAAACUAUUUCGAUGAAUGGAAUUUUGAACAAGGAAAUUUUGAGACAAGAAUUUGCAUCGCUUCAUCAACUUAUUACAGAACGGGAACAAAGACUUUAUCAAAACUUUGAUCAGGAAUAUGGGUCCUGUCUAAAGAGGAUCCAACAGUACAAAAGGCGGUAUGGAUCGAUCAUGCAAGCUGAUAGCAAACUUAUAUCGACAUCUUUGCAGUUUCUUGGCAAGGAAUCCUUGAUGGAAUUUUUCUUCAGUGCUGAAAAGAUCUGGAAAAGGUUGGAUAGCCAUAAGAAGACUUUGGAGUCUCUACCUAGCCCUGAUGCUCUACUUCAGUCCCUGAUUCUAUCGCCAAUGUCUCUCUAUGUAGAAAAAUCAGAGCUGGACAAAUCUCUACAAUUCAACAGUCUUGGACCUUGCUCUAUAAGCUGUCGGCGAUAUGUAGUGUAUAUUGAGGAUGUCAAGGCACCUAUUCGUAUAGAUGACUUUAUUUCCAUUCCCAGCCCAACUCUCUCCAAAUCUUUGUCGAUUUGUGUGGAAAUCCUAACAUCUGUAAAGAAAGUAAUCAGCCGUUCUGUUCAUCAUUCAUUAGACGAAUACGUCGCCAAUGCGAAAAACCUUAUAUCCUUAGAACCGUCUCACAGAUAUAUAUUCAAAUUUCAUGUACAAACUUCAUUCCAAAUGUCUGACAAGAGGAUUACGAAGAGAAUAAGCAGUCCUUGCCACAUCCUGGUGAUCACAGAUAAAGCACCAAUACACAAAGAAGAAAAGCAACCAAAGAUGAACGUCACCAAGUGUGAAGAUUUUGUUAAAACGUUGAUUAGCAGGGUAGAAAGGAAGCUGAAGUUAAAGGACGACGUACAACAUGAGGAGAAACUGGAUUUUUGUUGCUUGCCCAGAGUGUAUAUAGGUGAAAAUGUAAAACCAAUAUUUCCCACUACUGGAUCAAACUUUUCGCUAUUUGGCACACCUUUGCAAUUUUCAGAAUUUAAAACUGGACAAAAAUCCAUUGGAACGAGACAAGCAUUUGUUGCGAGAAAAGGCAAAUAUUUUGAAGAAAGAGAAGGCAAUAUCAAUACCAAACACCAAUGCAUUACGGCAAUGCCUUAUUAUGAAAAUAAAAGUAUGGAAGAACUACGAGCAGAGGACUAUUUAAUUAAAAGACUGGGAUGGAAUGGACAUAUGACAAGAAGAUUCAGACCUCCCACUGACGCAAGUACAAGGUUCCAAUCCAUUUCCGCCAUGACAGAGUAUGAAAAUUAUAGUCCAGAAGAACUACGAUUGCAGGAUUAUAUAACCAGCGGGAUAGUCAAAUUUUGUACAAAGUUUGAUAAGUAUAAGAAGAAUUUGGAGUCUCUACCUAGUCCUGAUGCUCUACUUCAGUCUCCGAUUCUAUCGCCAAUGUCUCUCUAUGUAGAAAAAUCAGAGCUGGCCAAAUCUCUCCAAUUCAACAACCUGGAAAACGAAAGUAGAAAACUUGUCAUGCGGAAAAUGCAUCAGUUUGCAAUUCAUUUUAGAUGGAUUUGUGGACCAAUGUGUAUUAUAUAUGAAGUAAUCAUGGAAAACAAAAGCAAAUCGGAAAUGGAGGAAAAACUUGAAAUUGAUCAUAAGGAAGAAAUAGAGGAGUUCGAAUCAGAUGAGGUGAUUGUGAGUUCAAUUGACAGAAAAAGUUGUGGUGAUUUGGUCAGUUGUACCAAACAAAAUGAUUUUAAAAGUAGCAUGGCAAAAGAAUCCCAAUAUCGAGAUGUACAAGAAAGUGAAGUUACCGAGAUUCAUAUUUCUACGGAAGAACAUUUGAUGAAAACAGGAUUGGACAAUGAGGAUAAAGACAGUAGUUCAAACAUAGACAUUGAUAGGCUCGAGGAAAAAUAUCACGAAAAUGAAGAAACACUGCACAGAAAGAGUGAAAUCACUGAUUUUGAUUCUACAAUAACGAAAACAAAAAGUGACUUUAAAUACACCGGUGAUGAAAAAGUCGAGGGAAUUUCAGGUAAAAUCGCUGUUACUCACGAGGAAAGAAAGGGUGAUGAAUAUUACGAAACUAAAGAAACAUUGCACAGAAAGAAUGAAGUCACUGCUUUUGAUUCUACAAUCACGAAAACGAAAACUGACUCAAAAUACACUAAAGAUGAAAAAAGCGAGGGAAUUUCUGGUAAGAUGACUGUUACUGAUGAGGAAAAUAUUGAUGAUGACUAUAUAUGGGAUGAUUGUUCUCCGAUAACGUUUUCUUAUACAACUUUGGAAAACUUUGAAAAGAGGAAAGAAAUCAACGAUAGUUUAAUAAAUUCAAAAGAGAGUGUAAAGGAAAGAGAUAGUAUGCAAUGUCUUCAUACAGAUACAUCCAAAACGUGUGACCAAGAACUGGGACCCACAGGAAAUCGUGAGAGCGAAAACGCUGCGCGAAAAAUUGACAAAAAGGAUGAAAAAUGUACAUCCAGAAAAACAAACAUUUUGGAGCAGACUGUCAGCAUUCAAGAUUCAUGUAAAGACCUUCCAGAACAUAGAAAGAAUGUUCUGUUUGAAAAAGAAUUAUCCAAUUUAAGUAUUGAAAUGAGACAGAGGGAAUCGUGUGCUAAUUUAGGGCAAGAAACGCUGAGAGAUGAUUUUAACUUGAAAAAUGCUUCAAACGCAUCAAAAGAGGCAUCGAGUCAUUUAGCUGAAAAACACACUUCACAGAAUGUAGAAGAUUUAUGGAAAUCAUUCACCAGUAAAUUACAGUCUCAAAAGCCUGAUGAGUUUUGCAAAACAUUUCCUUUUGAUUUCAAAUUUUCACCGUCAAAAGACAGGGGAAAAUGUGUCACAAAGAAAGAAAUAAGUUCAGAGAAUAACACUUCAAACCUUACAGUGCCUUCCAAAGCUCUAGGAACUUUAUCUGAUCACUAUUGCACUUACUGUGGACAGACAAGUGAACUUUAUAAUGUUUGUGAAGAUUGCAUGGUAUAUUUCUGCAACAAUUGUUUUCUAAGAUUUCAUCCAAGAAACCAUACUAUUUGUAAAUCAAAACAGUUCUCUACCUUUGCAUGUUCUGAGCACAAACAAAUCGGUCGUUAUUUCUGCGAAGUCUGCAAAGCACUAAAAUGCGAGGAAUGUGUCCUUGGGGAAGGAAGAUGUCAUGGACACAAAAUCAAGAAACUUUUGAAGCAUAUCACAGAGGAGAAGGACAGAUAUGAUGAAGCAAUCAAUAAUUUUUCCAAUCUCAGCUCCCAAACAAUCAAUUUGCUGUCUGCAGAAUUGGACACAAUUGAGCAGAACAUUACCAUGAAUGCACUUCAGAGAAAGGAAUCUAUAAGACAGGAGCUAGCAUCACUUCGUCAUAUGAUAACUGUUAAAGAACAAGAAAUGUACCAGGAUCUAGAACAGGAUUUCAGAUUGCAGUUAAAAUUGAUAAGACAAAGGCGGAGAGAAUACGGGUCUUACUUGACAGAGGAUAAUAAUUUACUUUCCAAGUCUUUACAUGCCCUUGGAAAAAAAUCGCUUUUGAAUUUCCAUUUUAGUGUACCAAUAUUAUGGGAAAGGUUUGAACAACACAAGAGAAACUUACACUGUCUAAAAAGCCCAGACGAAUUGUAUGCUUCACCAUUGAACUUCCCGUUUUCUCUUUAUGUCGAGAAAAAGGAGCUGGACAAAUCAUUACAGCUGAAGAGUAUAGCAUCAUCAAAUAUAUCCUGUUCAUGCCAUACGAUGUACCUUGAUGACGUCACAAGACCACUGCGUCUUCAGGAAUUGGUUGUCGUUCAUCCAUCUACCUUGUCCAACUUCCAGACAGUAUUUGUUGAGAUUCGAAAACCGCUACAGAACGUCCUCUGGAAAUCUGAGUGCACUGCAGACGACUUCAUAGUUAAUACUGAGGACAGAAUUAUGUUAGAACCCAAAAACAGAUACAUUGUCAAAAUUUCCGUUCAAACCACAACGCAAUGGUCCGAGUACAGAACAACACAGAGAAAAGACAGACCUUGUCAUAUUUUACUUAUAACAGGAAACGAUGCACCGAUGGACACUAGAAUGGAUUCAGUUUUUUCUCAGGAACACAUCGUUGGAUUACAAUUUCAAGAAUUUUGGGAAAGAAACCUUACAAAACCAUCUCUCUACAAGAUUUAUGGACAAUCUUUGGAAAAUCCAUUUAGUUCAAUAGAUUUUAAGCAAAUGAGUUUUGAGGAAAGAAGAUAUAUUUCCACAUAUUUUGUCAAGACUCAAGUAGAUGUCGGCGCAAAUCCUUCACCAAAAAAUGACUCGGGAAACAAGACGUCAGGAAAAAGAGAAAUGUUGGAGCCCCUGCAUUUUCUAUAUUAA